AUGCAGAGUUUUCGCCCGGUGGCAAGAGGUGCUCACCGGGCCCUGUGCCAAGUGCGAAGCCUGGCCACUGAUGUCUUUCAACAGCAGCGGUUCAACUUCCCCAAGGCUUAUGAGAUCAUCGGCGCCCCCCAAGUGAGCAGCAUCAGUCGCAAAACGGAGAUCAUUUGCACCAUUGGCCCCACGUCCUGGGAUGCCGAGGUGCUCGCAGGCCUGAUCGAUGCAGGGAUGAACGUCAUUCGCUGCAACAUGUCCCAUGGAGACCAUGAAGAGCAGACCAUGAAGCUGGAAAACUUGGCCAAAGCCUACGAGCUCCGACCACAGGCCAAAGGCAGCAUCAAAGUUCUUAUGGACACCUGCGGGCCUGAGAUCAGGACCGGUUACUUCGAGGUUUACAACGAGAAGAAGAGGCUGAAGGCAGGUCAGCCCUUCAGACUUCUCACAGAUUACAGCGUGAAAGGCGAUGAAAACCAGGUGGCGAUCACCUACAAAGACCUCCCAAAGGAUGUCCAAACAGGUCAACAGAUUUUGAUUCAAGACGGAACAGUCAUCCUGGAGGUUACAGGAACAGGACCUGACUUUGUGGAUACCAAGGUGUUGAAUGACGCUCGCCUGGGAGAGAAGAAGAACGUGAAUGUCCCUGGCGUGAAGAUCAACUUGCCUGUGGUGGAUGAGCGCGAGAUCAAGGACAUUGUGCAUUGGGCGAAUCCUCAUAAGGCGGAUUACAUCGCCUUGAGUUUCGUCCAGUCUGGCCAGGAUAUCAUUGACUGCAGGAAACACUGUAACAGUCACACAAAGAUCAUCGCCAAGAUUGAAAAUGUUGAGGGUCUUCGCCAUUUUGAUGAAAUCUUGCGAGAGGCAGAUGGCAUCAUGGUUGCCCGAGGUGAUUUGGGGAUGGAGAUUCCAAUUGAGCGUAUUUGGAUGGCUCAGAAGAUGAUGAUCAAGAGAUGUAAGGAAGCUGGGAAGCUUGCGGUCACCGCCACAGAGAUGUUGUCCUCCAUGGAGGACAAGAUGUUUCCCACUAGAGCAGAAGCUUGUGAUGUCGCCAAUGCUGUUCUUGAUGGCAGCGACUUUUUGAUGUUGAGUGGGGAGGUGGCGAAUGGUGCCUUUCCCAUUCAAACCUGCGAGAUGAUGAGAAGGAUCAUUGAAGAGGCAGAACAUGCCCUGGACUUCUGA